AUCAUUUUCUGUGUGCAACAGAGUUGAGAAAGCAACAACACACAGAGUUAUUAUGAAAAAAAAGAGACAAACAAAACAAAAAUGUAAAUGAUAAACGCAAUCUCGAAGUAAAAGGUUGACACAAAUUUGAUUGUCAAUUUAUUAUUACUAUUAUUAUUACCAUUAUUCAGUAGUAGCAGUAGUAACCAGUAGUUUUACUAUUUUCCCUCCCAAAGAGUCUUUCUCAGCUCAUCAGAUAACUCUGCUCAUGUUCAUUCUGAGCAUAUUUGAGUUCCUAAAAUGAUUCCUUUACUCUUUAUGCCGAGAGAAAACUUUUACCUUUUUUCAGAUUCAUUUCAACAAUAGAGAUGAACAAAAUGUGAACUUUUUUUUCUUCUGUCUUUACUCUUCACCAAUAUUCAACUCGUAAUUUCAGUUCAACUGGCUUAAGCAUGUUAAUAAUGUUUCACCUUUGAUAUAACACGAUUUGUUCACUGUUAUGGACUGGUUUAGUGUAAUUUCAACUUGUCCUCUUUACCAACUGGAUACAAUUUUUUGUUGAUAGUUGAUUCCGUUGUUUUAUACUGCAAUUGUGAUUGUGUUUCUGUCUUGGGUUGGAUUUUUUUCAGUCAAGUUAACAAUGUUUACCCAUUUUCGGAUUCAAUGAAUUGUUAUCUGGAACCAAACAUUUACCUGCUCCAUCUCAUAAUUUUGAUCAUGUCGCUUGCAUUAUUGAGCAGUUAUCUUCAACUUUUAUCAACUUCUCAAGAUUUAGCUGCCAUUUCAGAUGAUGGUGAACCUCGAUUUUUGGCACCGAUUCCCAACUUGACUGUAGCUGUUGGCCGUGAUGCUCAGUUGACUUGCCUUGUCAGUUCAUUGGGCCCAUACAAAGCUGCUUGGCUAAGGGUCGAGGAUAAGGGCAUUUUAACGAUACAUCAGCACGUCAUAAGUCGAAAUUAUCGACUAAGCUUGAUUACACACGAGAACCGUUCCUUUGUGCUGGUUAUCAAGAAUGUGCAAGAGAGUGACCGCGGAGGUUACAUGUGCCAAAUAAACACGGUCCCAAUGAAGAGCCAAGUGGGUUUCCUUGACGUCCUGGUUCCACCUCGGUUUGAACCGAGCAACCAAUCCUGGGAUCAAAUGGUAACCGAAGGAUACAAUGUAACCCUGACCUGUUACACUCAAGGCAACCCCAGUCCAAGUGUUAAAUGGAGACGAGAGGACAACUCGGAGAUUAUAUUUCAAGAUCAUAAUAAAAAAUAUUCAGUUCGUAGCAUAGCUGGUGAUAGUUUAACCAUAUUAAGAGUAACCAGAAUUCACAUGGGAGUCUAUCUUUGUAUUGCUUCGAAUGGGGUUCCACCAGCCAUUUCAAGAAGAAUUCAACUCCAUGUUAAUUUUGCUCCGACUAUUUGGAUAGGAAAUAGGAUUGUUAAAGGAUCAGUUGGAAGUUCAAUUAUUUUAAAUUGUCACAUUGAGGCAUUUCCCAUAACUGAAAAGUAUUGGACCAAAGGAGUGGAUAAUAUAAGGUUACCUGAAUCUAGCUCAAAAUAUUUAAUCAAAAGUAUUGAUAAACUGUACAAAUCGACUUUCCAAUUAAAGAUAAGUUCAUUGGAGCAAGAUGAUUAUGAUGAUUAUCGGUGUUAUGCCCGUAACAACCUGGGCUUCCAUGAAGGUGUAAUUACUCUGAAUGAAACUGAUGAACCUGAAGACGAUUCAGAUGAGUUGAUGGACAAUAAAAUUGAUUCAACUCGAGGUGAGUUAUCAUCAAACUCGAUUGAUUCACAUCAAACUAUUUCUGGACGCAAGUUUAAAGAGACUCGUUCGAGGGACAAAAAGAGAGGAAUCAAAGACUCGAAUGGCCAACAAUUGGAUAAUAAUGUUAAUCCAUUGCAAGUAACCUUCGUUGUUCCCAUGUUAAUGAUUAUUGUUAAGAUCAUUUGAGACGAUUGUAAAUAGUAACAAUGAAACACACAAAAUCAAUAUCAAUUUAGCAUUACUAUUUAAUCCGUUUUUUAAAAAAAACUCCAAUUCUUUAACAACAAUCCUGUGAUAAUGUAAAUAAAUGUAAAUAAUCAAUUGCAAUAAUAAAGUUGAUUAAUUGUUGAAUGAGUCGA